GAAUAGCUCAUAAUUGAAAACAAAAUGCAUUAAUAAACAAUGAAAUAGUCCAGAGGGAGAAAAAAAUGAAACUUAAAAAUACAAUAAUUAAAAAAAAAAAAAAAAAAAAGAAUACGUAAUGGUGGGGUCCACUUCAAGAUUUGUAGGAUUUAAUGCAAAUCGGUGCUACGGUUGACAUAAUCUACGUGUAAAUGUAGUAUGUAUACUGCUUAAUGCUCACUGUUAAUGCUUCACCGCCCAAAGGUAGCUUCAUUUUUAUAUUCUUCAAUAGGUGAAGGCAGAUGGGGAGGCUGUUUGUGGUGAGCCUUGAAGGCAAGAUCUAUAGCUGCAAACACUGUGGAACGCACCUUGCUCUCUCUCAAGACGUGGUCUCCAGGUCUUUCCAAUGCCGACACGGGAAGGCUUAUCUCUUCAAUAAGGUAGUGAAUGUCACUUCUGGAGCAAAUGAAGAUCGACACAUGAUGACUGGCGUGCACACUGUCGCGGACAUUUUCUGUGUCUGUUGCGGCUCAAUCGUUGGCUGGAAAUAUGAAACCGCACAUGACAAGAGUCAAAAGUACAAAGAAGGCAAAUCAGUUCUCGAACGGUUUAAGAUCUCCGGCCCCGAUGGGAGCAGCUACUGGACCAGCCGUGAAACCCGCGCCCCCAGCGACACCGAAGACGUUUGAUCGCAUUUCAUUAUUCUUAACUUCAACUGUACAUCCUUCACUCACCCGGUAUUCGUGUCACUAAACUUCUGGAUUCUGCAAUUCCUGGUUAACUUAUCCCGCAGUUUUUUCCCUGCACAUUUGAUCAUCCUUAAUCAAUGUCUGAACAUCUCUUGUUACUCAGUGGUUGCAGUUUCUAUAUCAUCAUGAAUUAUUGAUUUCAGUGAAAAAAUUAGGUACCCAAAAGUCUAUCCUACCAGCAAUUUAUGGUGCUAUAUUGAUUCCAAUUUCCAAAUAAUGUGUACAAGAUUAGGUUGCAAUAAGGAAAGUCCGGGAUUAAGUUUCCAAUGUAUGUUAGGUGCUCUCUCAGUUAAGGUUGCUUAACUCUGCGUAUGUUCGAUGCAAACUACAAAAAUAAGUAUAUAUUAAUUGGUUCC